UACUUCUUGCUCAAAUCUAGACCAAAUUUCAACAAAACCUACCAUCGAGGAGAAGCCGGCUGCUUCAGUUCGUGCAUCUAUAAAUUGUCAGCCUGCUUUCCUUGCUGCACAUUCACACAAACUGCCGACAUCUACUAGCUUGUCACAAACCGCAAGCUCCUGUUAAUUGUGAACACAUCAUGGAGAAUCUCUCAAGCAGCUUGUACUUCCUGGCGCAUGUUCUGCUGCUGCUUCUUAUCCCCUUCUUACUUCUGUCCCUCCAAUUUCGGCGCAAGGAUCAGCCAAGGCUGCCACCGGGGCCAUGGCGGCUGCCGGUCAUCGGCAGCCUCCACCACGUCGUCAAGACCCCGCUAAUCCACCGCGCACUGGCCGACCUCGCGCGGCGGCACGACGCGCCCGUCAUGUACCUCCGUCUCGGCGAGCUGCCCGCGGUGGUCGUCUCGUCCCCCGACGCCGCCCGUGAGGUCAUGAAGACGCACGACGUCACCUUCGCGACGCGCCCUCUGAGCACGACGCUGAGGGCCACGGUCGCCGGCGGGCUGGGCGUCGCGUUCUCGCCCUACGGCGAGCGGUGGCGGCAGCUCCGCAAGUUCAUCACGCUGGAGCUCCUCAGCGCCAAGCGCGUGCGGUCCUUCCGCCCCAUCCGCGAGGACGAGGCCGCCCGCUUCGUCGGCGGCAUCGCCGCGGCGUGCCCGGCCGGCGAGCCGGUGAACGUCACCGCGCGGGUAGCCAACCUCGUCGCCGACUCGGCGCUGCGCGCCAUGAUAGGCGAGCGGUUCGGGCGCCGGGAGGAACUCCUGAAGUGUGUCGCCCAGGCGGUAAAGAUCGGUUCCGGGUUCAAUGCAUGUGACCUGUUCCCGUCGUCGAGGCUCGUGUGCGCCAUUGAUGGCACGGUGCGCAAGGCUCGGGCGUUCACGCGGAAGACGUUUGAGCUGGUGGACUACGCCAUUGAGCAACACAGGGAGCGCAGGUCGGGGGCGAGCGCCACUGACGUCGCGGAAGACGAGGACCUGCUUGGUGUCCUUUUGAGGACCCAGGAGGAAGGUGGCUUCGGUUGCCCGCUCGACGUGGGAGAUAUCAAAGCCAUCCUCGCUGAAUUGUUUCUUGCUGGAAGUGAAUCAACAUCUACAACUAUUAUAUGGGCUAUGGCAGAGCUCAUGAGGAACCCAAGUGUGAUGAAGAGAGCACAAACUGAAUUGGGUUGUGCAUUGCAAGAUAAGUCAACGGUCACAGAGGAUGACUUGGUAAAUUUACCAUAUAUAAAGCUCAUCAUCAAGGAAACUUUAAGGUUGCAUACGCCAGGACCUCUCCUCCUCCCUAGAGAGUGCCAGGAGUCAUGUGAGAUCCUUGGGUAUGAUGUGCUAAAGGGUACGAUUGUCCUUGUGAAUGCGUGGGCCAUCUGUAGGGACCCGAAAUACUGGGACGAACCCGAGGUUUUCAAGCCCCAUCGAUUCGAAGAAUGUACAACUGAUUUCAUGGGCACUGACUUCUGCUACACUCCCUUUGGAGCUGGCCGGAGGAUAUGCCCAGGCUUAGCGUUUGCACUGGCAAACUUGGAGCUUGUUCUCGCGGUGCUUCUCUUCCACUUCGAUUGGCAGCUACCGUCUGGAGUCAUACCGAGUGAGUUGGACAUGGAAGAGGAGGUGGGGAUCUCCGUUCGCCGGAAGAGGGACCUUUUCCUACAUCCAACCCUCCGUGUGCCACUCUAAGCUACAUCGUACUCCAAAAACUGAAAUUCAGGGCUAUUUGUGUUGUUGUUCACGGCGUACAAUUUGGAUGUUUAUGUAAGAAUAUUUAUUCACUAACGUGGAUCAUGUAACUUAACACAUAAUUCUAAUAAUUGCCAUUCUAUUGUGGCGGUCACUGUAUCCACACUUGGAUAUAUAGCCGUCACUUAGUGUGCAGCCACAAGUCACUCUUC